AUGGCUGUGGCAGCUUCGGCUCUAGCUGCGGGUCUUCCUACUAGCACCGUGCCCAUACCCCCUGUGACCAACAGCCACACUAUGCCAUCUGCUUUUGUUGAUUCUUCCAACCGCUUCGCCUCCUACCUGCUGCAGCUUGGUUUUGUUGAAGCCAAGUCCAACACCUCACCGUUCAUCUACCGCCAUGAGGGUGAGACGAUCUACUUGCUUCUCUAUGUUGACUACAUUGUGUUUACUGCCUCCUCCACCAGAGUUCUCUGCCGCACCAUUGACGCACUGCAGUGUGAGUUCUCGAUGAAGGACCUUGGCCCUUUGGAGCAUUUUCUCGGCAUCUCUGUCACUCGCAGUUCGGGUAGCAUGUUUCUCUCUCAGCGGCAGUACACUCUUGAGAUCUUGGAGCGUGCGGGCAUGACUGCUUGCAAGCCGUGUAGCACUCUAGUUGACACUCAGUCCAAGGUCUUGUCUGAUGGCGCUCCUGUUGAGGAUGUGACUUUCUACCAGAGUUUGGUUGGCGCUCUCCAGUACCUCACGUUCAUGAGAUCUAACAUUGCUUAUGCUGUCCAGCAGGUCUGCCUCUACAUGCACGAUCCCAGGGAGCCGCACCUUGAUGCUGUUAAGCGCAUUAUGCGCUACUUGUGCGGCACUGUUGACUACGGCCUUCGUCUUCACCGCGCCCCCGUGUCCGACUUAGUGGUCUACUCCGACGCCGGCUGGGUGGGUUGCCCCGAUACACUCAAGUCCACCUCGGGCUAUGCUGUGUUUCUAGGCGACAACCUCGUCUCCUGGUCCUCCAAGCGCUAA